AUGUUGUGGCUUCUUCUUCUGUUCUAUACUUUCCUACCUACAAUCCAACAGAAUAGAGCUUCAUUCUCCAAAUUGCCUCAUGAUAAGCCCCAUAACAUUCCUUUCGUUCAUGGUCCCGAAGAUGAGCCAAUCGAAUAUAAGCCGACAGCAGCUCAAAAGCUAAUGAGACAUGUUAUUAAGAGGAGAGGCCCUGAUAUAGUCAAACCCAAGAGAAAUAUCAGCGAACCUGUCAAAAUAAUGUUCAAAAUGGAAUUAUAUCAGAUUAUAGAAUUGAAUGAACGACAACAAUUCGUAGCUGUCUCAGCUUGGGUCAUUGAAAGGUGGUUUGAUGAGUUUCUAUAUUGGAACCCAAUGGACUUUGAUAAUAUAACUGAGAUCAAACUACAUCACAGUCAUAUAUGGAUACCAGACACAACACUCUACAAUACUUUGGUCAUGAAAGAUGAUGACCAACGGCGUCUCCUCUAUGUCAAAAUCACAACUGAUUUUGAACGAAAACGAGCGUAUGUUGAGUUUCUGUAUCCAGCUAUCUAUAAGUUCUAUUGUCGUCUAUACUUACAGUUUUUCCCCUUUGAUUCUCAGACAUGUCACAUGAUUUUCGGUAGUUGGACAUCAGAUAACAUGGAUAUAGACUAUGAUUCCUUAGCCAAAGAAGUGGGAACAUCAAACUAUCUUCCAAAUGAGGGAUGGAGCCUCAUGGCAACCGGCGGUCCUUCCGUAGACCAGCAAAUAGAUGGCGGUGAACUGGCGCUGCCAUUAGGAACACACAACUAUAUUCCUAAUGAGGAAUGGCAGCUUCUCGGGUCGUUAGCUUUACGAAAAGAAGUAAAGUAUGUUUGUUGUCCAAAUAACUAUACACUAUUGGAUUUCACUUUGUACUUGAGACGACGACCACUUUUCUAUUUGGUUAAUUUAGUUAUUCCAACAUUCAUAAUUACUUUAAUAGCCAUUACUGGAUUCUUCACAACAAGUUCAACUACGGGGGUACGAGAUGAGAAAAUAUCUUUAUGCAUUACGACACUUCUAUCAAUGUCUAUUCUUAUGCUUAUGGUAUCAGAUCAAAUGCCAUCAACCAGCACUUUCAUUCCACUCAUCAGCUGGUUCUACAUGUGUGCGAUAUUCAUAAUUUCGAUAGGUGCUCUGGCUGCUUCUUUCGUUAUCAGUGUACAAAAGUUUGGAAGAGUUGGUGAGCGUCUUCCAAAGAAUGCAGUUGAAGUGACAACGUUCUUCUCUACGCUGUCCAUGACGAGAAUUCCUCCUCAUCUGAUACAGAAAAAGGACAAGCUGUUGGAGAAGCUGCAGAGGAACGGACGCAAGAGUGCAAAAGAAUCUGAGCGCAAAGGAACAACAAUAGCUCAGUUUGCCAAAUAUAUUUUCACAGCCGGAAAUGAGAUAGCAUUCUACCCUCCUUAUAUGAAUCCUCAUAUUCAAGCUUAUCCUGGAGCUACACCUAAUGGAUGCAGCAAUGGAACUGAACCGUUAAUGCAAAAUGGAACAACUGAUUCAACUUCCAUUCUCCCCAAUGUUGCAGCCCCAGUUCCGACAUAUAAAAGACCGGACGUACGACGAACGGCCUCGAUCUUGAGCGAUUUGGGGGAUGAAGAAGUGUUAUCUACAAGACAUCUAGCGAAAAUCGAAUAUGAUUGGCUGGCAACGGUCAUUGAACGAUGCACUUUCUUAGUAUUUCUGUUGGUAUUUCUUUGCUUCAGUCUGGGAAUCAACCUUGUUGGUGUCUUUCACUGGCUCAACUCACAGCCACCUCCUUAUGCUGUUCGAACUCAGAAUACUGUUUAA